CUGGCUGCUGCUACUACUAAAACCCUAAUAACUAAUCCAACAGCUGAAAAGACGACGGAUAGUCGAUAUAUCACGUCUCAAAUUCUGCUACUCUCUAAAUGCAUCAUCACGCUCACAAUAACUCACUCAAGGUUUCACUUUGAUCAUCAUCAGCAUCAUCAUCCACCGACUCCGAUUCUCAAUUCAAUUUGAAUUCGGAUCUAUCCAUUUCGCAAAAUGGCGGAUUCUUCCGACUCUCUCAUUUCCAUCGCCGCCUCCGUCACCACUUCCUCCACCAAACGACGCUGCCGCAUCUUCCGCCAUGAACUUCCUUCUAUUCUUGAAAACAACACAGAAAUGUCUCCUGAGCUUGCCUCGUCGUUGGUGGAUGUAAUUUUUAAAACAUUUUCUGUAUAUGAUGAUCGUGGUUCGAGGGCAGCUGUAGAUGACAUGAUUGAAAAGGAUUUAGGUGAUGUUAUAUUUAUGAAAACUUUUGCGGCGGCUCUUGUUCAGGCCAUGGAAAAGCUUUCAAAGUUCCAAUCACAUGUGGGCUGCUACAGACUCCUCAAGUGGUCGUGUCUUCUCUUAACCAAGAGUCAAUUUGCCACCGUUUCUAAGAAUGCUUUGUGUAGAGUGGCUGCAGCACAGGCAUCCUUAAUUCAUAUUGUGAUGCAGAGAUCUUUUCGUGAACGAAGAGCAUGCAAGCAAGCGUUUUUUAAUUUAUUUUCUCAGGCACCAGACAUCUUCAAAAUUUAUACAGAGGAAUUAAAGGAUGCGCGAAUCCCAUACAAAGAUAGUCCUGAGUUAAUAUGGUUGUUGCUGGAGUUUUCUUAUACAUCACCUUCUCUGUUUGAAAAAUACAAGCCGGUAUUUCUUGAUAUAUAUGUUAAAGCAGUUCUAAGUGCCAAAGAAAAGCCGACAAAGGGUCUUAGUGAAUCUUUUCAACCACUUGUUAUGCAUAUGUCUCAUGAGGAUUUUCAGAGUAUUGUGGUUUCAUCUUCUGUAAAGAUGCUAAAACGCAACCCGGAAAUUGUGAUGGAAUCAGUUGGAAUCCUUCUGAAGUCUGUCAACCUUGAUUUAAGUAAGUAUGCAACCGAAAUCCUGUCAGUGGUAUUGUCUCAGGUUCGACAUGCAGAUGAAGGUAGAAGGGUUGGGGCAUUGGCUGUAGUAGGGUGCUUGAGCCAAAAGUCUAGCAAUCCAGAUGCUAUAGAAGCUAUGUUCAAUGCUAUUAAAGCGGUUAUUGGAGGCUCAGAAGGGAGACUUCAAUUUCCGUACCAACGGAUUGGCAUGAUCAAUGCACUUCAGGAAUUGUCUAAUGCUCCUGAAGGGAAAUAUCUCAACAGUCUGUCACAUACCAUUUGCAACUUCCUUUUAUCCUUUUACAAGACCGAAGGAAAUGAAGAGGUAAAGCUUGCAAUUUUGUCAGCCAUGGCUUCUUGGGCAGCACGAUCUGCUGCAAAUCUUCACCCGGAUCUAGUUCCUUUUAUUGCUUCUGGCCUCAAGGAGAAGGAAGCUUUAAGAAGGGGGCAUCUUCGAUGUCUACGAGUCAUAUGCAAAAAUAAUGAUGCUAUUUUGCUGAUAUCAUCAUUGCUGGGGCCACUCCUUCAACUUGUCAAAACUGGUUUUACUAAAGCAGUGCAGCGUUUGGAUGGUAUUUAUGCUUUGCUCAUAGUUGGGAAGAUUGCAGCUGCUGAUAUCAAAGCAGAGGAGACUUUAACAAGGGAAAAGAUCUGGUCUUUGAUAUCUCAAAAUGAACCCUCGCUUGUGCCUACUUCAAUGGCUUCAAAAUUGUCAGUUGAGGAUUGCAUGGCAUGUCUUGAUCUUCUUGAGUUGUUACUGGUGGAACAUUCACACAGAGUGUUGGAAACUUUCUCUGUGAAAUUACUAUUACAGCUAAUACUCCUUUUCAUAUGCCAUCCGAGUUGGGAUGUCCGAAAGAUGGCUCAUGAUGCUACCAGAAAGAUAGUUACUACAACUCCACAAUUAUCUGAAGCUCUUUUACUUGAAUUUUCAAAUUUUCUUUCAGUGGUUGGAGAGAAGAUUAUUAUUUCAAAAACAAGUGAUGCAGAUAAUUCAUUGGAUAUGCAAGUUCCAUUCCUUCCAUCUGUCGAGGUUUUGGUGAAGGCAUUACUGGUGAUAUCCUCGGUGGCUCUAGCUGCAGCUCCAAGUGUUUCGUCACUUGUUAUAUUCUGCUCUCAUCAUCCAUGCCUUGUUGGCACCGCAAAAAGAGAUGCAAUUUGGAAGGUGGAUGCAAAGAUGUCUGUUAUGUUUUUGAAUUUUAAAUUCCUGCCUUUUGGGGUUUGA